GCAGCCCGCAAGUGUUGCCACGCUUCUGGCACCAACAUAGCAUGCCCACAACUUCCUAACCUGUACGUCUUUGGAACGCGGGAGGAAACCGGAGCACCCGGAGGAACCCCACGCAGACACGGGGAGAACAUACAAACUCCUUACAGACAGCGGCAGGAAUUGAACCCGGGUCUCUGAUGCUGUAAUAGUGUUAUGCUAAUCACUACACUACCGUGUAUUUUUAAAUUAAAAAAAAAAUUACUACGUAAAACAGUUCAACAGCACAAUCUAGUUGGGCAGCUAUGUUGCCUGUUGUAUUAGUGAUUAUUUGCAAUACAGUCUCCACUUCUCUGGGAUACACAAAGUCCAGUUUAUUGUUAUCUGCACGUCCAUGUGUGCACAGGUGCAAAGAAAAACUUACUUGCAGCAGCAUCACGGGCACAGAGCAUCAGAUAAGCAGCAUUCACAAGAAAAACAUAAAUUAAACCCCGCACAAACUCAUGAUGGGGUGCAUCAUGAAAAGCCUUAAGAUCAAGGGCUUGUUUCUGUGCUGUAUGAUUCCAGCACUAUGGUUAACAAGGUGGACUGCAGGACCCAGCAUUGCACACCCAGUCUGCUCACUUCCCCACCCCUCCCGGUGUGAGUUACGGGCUCCGCCGCAGGUUGCUGAGGGGGAGAGCGAUGGUGCAGCCCCGGCGGGUGCUCCGCUGCUCCGGCCCGGCGCUGAUCUGGGCUCUGCUGUCAAUCAGCCCCGGCUGUCAAUCAACGCCGGCCCCGUCCUGGGACACCAUCGACUCCCGGCCGCUGCCGCCCUGGUUCGACCGAGCCAAGUUUGGCGUCUUCAUCCACUGGGGAGUCUUCUCGGUGCCCAGCUUCGGCAGCGAGUGGUUCUGGUACUACUGGCAGAAGCAGAGACUGAAGCAGUAUGUGGAGUUUAUGGAGAGAAGCUACCCUCCUGGAUUUACGUACCCAGAGUUCGCUCCCAUGUUCUCAGCAACCUUCUUCGAUGCAGCACAGUGGGCUGAUCUUCUGAGCUCCUCGGGAGCCAAGUAUGUCGUUCUGACCUCCAAACACCACGAAGGUUUUACACUCUGGGGAUCCAAGUACUCAUGGAACUGGAACGCGGUUGAUGUGGGUCCACAUCGUGACCUUGUUGGAGAGCUGGCACAAGCUGUUCGCAACAGGACCAGCCUGAGAUUUGGCCUCUAUCACUCUCUCUUUGAAUGGUUCAAUCCUGCCUUCCUGGAAGAUGCUGCCAGUGUGUUCCAGACCAACAAGUUCCCCACCACCAAGAGCUUGCCGGAGCUGUACGAGAUCGUGAACAAAUACCGUCCAGAAAUCCUCUGGUCUGAUGGGGAUGGGGGAGCACCCGACACCUACUGGAACAGCACUGGCUUCCUGUCCUGGCUGUACAAUCAGAGUCCUGUCCGAGAGACGGUUGUAACCAACGACCGGUGGGGCGCAGGUACCAUCUGCAAGCACGGCGGUUACUACACCUGCAGCGACAGGUACAAUCCAGGGCACCUCCUCGCCCACAAGUGGGAGAAUUGCAUGACCAUCGACUCCAAGUCAUGGGGAUACAGGAGGGAGGCCCAGCUCCAGGACUACCUGACAAUAGAGCAGCUGGUAAAGACGCUGGUUGAGACGGUGUCCUGCGGGGGGAAUCUCCUGAUGAACAUCGGUCCCACUCACGAUGGUCGGAUCAUUCCCAUCUUUGAGGAGAGGUUGAGGCAGAUGGGACAAUGGAUGCGCGUUAACGGGGAGGCCAUCUACGACACCAGUCCCUGGAGGAAGCAGAACGACACCGUCACGCCUGGCGUGUGGUACACAUCGUUACCGGGGAAACAUGUGGUUUAUGCAAUAUUUCUGGCCUGGCCAAAAAUGGGACAACUGUACCUCGGUGCUCCCCAUGCCAUAGCAGGGCAGACAAAGGUAAACCUUGUUGGAUACUCGGAGCCUCUGCAGUGGGAGACGUUUGGGGCUCAGCAGCUGAUGGUGACGCUCCCAAGUCUUAGCAUCAACCAGCUGCCCUGCCAAUGGGGCUGGAGCUUGAAGCUCACCAAUGUGUCUUGACGAUGGUCAUUGGCCAGGUGGAUCGACAAGCUGUACGGGUUAUUCGAAGGCCCCUCAGAACGUGUUUUUCUCUUUGUUGUGUUUAACCUUUCAUUUUGGGCAUUGACAUUUUCAGUUACUGAAAGAAAGUAACGGUUCAGGUCGAUGACCAUUCAUCAGGACUGAACAGUUCCCACAUAAACUGGAAUGGCUGGUUAUCUGAAAUUGUUCACUUCUGUGUUGAGCCCUGAGGGCUGGAACGAGCUUCGUCAGAAGAUGAGGUGUGGUCGGAGGCUAAAUACAGAGAGGUCGGGGUGGGAGUGAGGUGGAGGAUUAACCUUUGUCUACCACCCACAUCCCCCCCUCUCCUGCCCACAUCCGUCUCUCUCCAACCCCCUUCUCAACUCCCUCCUCCUCCCUCCCACUUCCUCCUUCUCUCUUUCCAUCUUCCCCUGAUUCUCUCUCUCCUCCCAUCCGUCCCUUUCUGAUUCCUCCUCCAUCUCGCUCUCUCCCCUCCCCUCCCUCUUCCUCAACCCCAGCUCAGGUAUCAACGUGACAUCCAGGCUCCUUGUUCCUCGCUCCUUGCGAUGUCUUAUCCAGAAUAAACUGCUGUAGUUGUGUAGGAGCAGGGAAUGUAACCAAGCUGUUGAUGAUGGAUCACAUCAUCACCGACAUUGGAUGGAAGGUAUCGAGCAUGGGUAAGGGUGCAGAGUUCAGGAUCUGAGGGUCUUACAAAUGGAGGUGGUGACAGAAACAGGGAGAGGACUUUAAUCAAGAUGAAAUCCUGUGUAGAAAUAUUAUUAGGCAUAAUUAGGACAAAGCUCUUGCAAAGCAGUGAAAAGUAAUACUGUUCUAUUCUAGAUUAACUGUGCAAUUAAAACCACAAUUAAAUGCCUUUUUUAAUUUAGAAACAUAAUGUUGAAAUGUUAUGAUGUUAAUAUACUUACUGAACAAAUGGAGCUAUUUUUCUGCAGAUUUCAGUUAAUAAAUCAUUCAGACGCAACAGUUCCGGCGCAAACUGGAAUG